AUGACGGUCAGCAAUAUCCGUAAUCAUCCUUACACCUUUGAACAUGCACUGCAGCACUCGAGUGACUAUACACCACCCCAUCAAGUAAAUCGACAGCAGCAGCGAACAGGCUAUUUUACAUGGCUUGUAUUUAUGCAAGUCAAAUGGGUACCAUUUGAUGCUACCAAUCAAACCAAGCUGGAGCAAACACUGAACCUUGGAGGAACGUUUGUGGAUAUUGAGGAUUCCCACUUUCCAGGGGUGAAGCGUGUAAGGGCCUUUCCAAAGUCAAACUAUAUCUCUUACCUUGGAGUCAAAUAUCGCUUAUCGCGAGUGAUGCAGCCGGAUGCUUGGAUUGAUCCUGCUCCAACAGAAGAACCUGUCUCUUCAGGUUUGGAAGAUCCUUCAUCCAUUGGCUAUCGUCUUUUGCCUUCUCCAUUUUCUUCCUCAUCAAAAUCGCCACCACUGCUAACCCCACCACGCGACCAAACCACUGCUGCUACUGCCGUUGUUGCUUCUAAUAGUAAUACUACCUCUACUACCACUACUACCAAUGCUGCAACAGGCUAUUAUUAUUAUGAACCAAUAGCUGCACCAAUAACAUCGCAUGUUUCUUGA